AUGACCCCGACCGUCGACAUUAUUGAAUCCAUCAUCAGCCCCCACGCCAUCAGCACCAAUAUCCUCCGCAACACACCCCUCCUGGAAGGUUCAGAGGAUGAACACCCCCCAUAUAUCAGAACACCUACAUCCUACCGUGUCGAAGACGUUGAUAUCCUCAUCACUCAGGACCAAAAUGACAUCAACGCUGGUGUUAUUUUUUUCCGUCGUUCAGCCUUUACCCGCUAUCUCCUUGAAAUCAUGACGGAUAGCAGGUUGAUGACGCGAGAGCAUGGAGGCGCCGAACAAGAUAGUAUAAAGCAUUUGAUGCAUGAACACUUACUCGUGAGGAAACAUGUGGGUAUCUAUCCCCAGAGGAAAUUCAAUGCGUAUGUGGACGGAGGUGAAGAUAGGGGUUGGCGAGACGGCGAUUGGCUGGUGCAUUUUGCGGGGUGUUGGGUUGAACAUGUAUGUAAGGAACACUUCAAUGAAUUUUGGGACAAGAGAACGUUUGAGGGGACCUGGAGACCGGAUGAUAGUCACGGGAAGGGGUUAGAGGGAGGCUUGGUUGGUGAGUAG